GCCACUCUUUCUCAUGUAGGUUUACUAACCAUGGCUGAUGAUAUUGAAUAUUUUAUACAGCAACAGAAGCAAAAGCUAGCAGCAGAGAGGAGGUCUCUGGGACAGGAGCCUGACCGUGAUGACCCAAAUACUUCUCGAAGAACUUGGGACAGGACACCAAAGAGUAAUUUAGAUGAACAAAUAUUGCAGCAUGGCAGGAGAGGCCCACAGGACAGGCAAACAGAGGAUGUUGAAGGGGGUACACUGCCUCUUGGACAAUAUGAAGAAAAGAAAAGAAGAUUACAGGAAGAAAGGAAGAGAGAAACCCAAGAAGUAAUGGACAAGGGCAAAGUGAAUGGUUUCCAUGUGGAUCAAAACCGCAAGGAAAAUAUCCCCCCUCCAAGGCCACAGAGUCCAGAAGAGACAGGGCUUAUUGGUCAGCUGGGCAGUUAUGAUCAAAAGAGAAAGAAACUGGAGGAAGAGAGGAAGAAGGAGUAUAAUAAAAUGCUCUCUGAGCAAGAGUUGCGACGGACAGGUCGUCAUCCUCAAGCACAAGACAAUGAAGAAGUUGGGUUGCCUGCAAUGAAUAGAAAGAUGUCGGCUGAGGCUAGAGCUGAUUUUGCAAAGAGAAGAGCAAGGAAUGAGGAGUACAGGCAGUUCUUAGAACAAGAAGAGCAAAAAAGAAGACAUAGAUAUGACAGUCACAAGCCUGCGGAUGCAAUCAACAGGAGUCCACCACCCAAAGAGAGAACAGUUACUUUUGAGGACACAUAUGACAGAGAUCUGAGGAGGGAUGAUGAUUAUGACAGACGGAGAGACAGAUAUGAUGACAGAAAUGAGAGCACUGGUGUGUGUUUUGCAGUGUCUUUUCACCCUCCCUUCCAGGUCAAACAUAGACGUGCACCUAAAGAAACUGACUAUGGCAUGACUUUGCCUGGAAUCAGAGAUAAGCACUCUGCAGAGCAAAGAAAAAUGGCAGAAAGGAAUAGAGAAUAUAAUGAUUUUCUACAACAGAAAUCAGAAAGAGACAACAGGAGGAGAGAGGAUCAAAGAAUACGCACAAGAAGCAGGAGUGACUUUUUGUCAGAUGAUGAGGAUGCAUUUGAAAGAGGUCGUAAUAAACCACCUCGUAGAGGUUGGGGCACACCUACGUAUGAGGAAAUACUAGAACAGAAGAGGAGAGAAGAGAGUCGCUACAGGCGCUAUGAUGAUCCAGAGUAUUCCAGAACCCCAACAGGCAUGAGGCUUGGUGAUGAUAACUACAGGAGGUCUGCCAUAUCAGAUGGUUAUCUAAAUGAUGACAGACGACUGAAUGCCAUAGACAGGCAAUAUGAUGCCAAGAGAGUUCAGUUCAAAGAAGAGUCCAAGUGGCCCAGUCUUCUGGAUGAAGUCUACUGGACCUCACCUUUGAGGAACCCAGCUAGGGAUCCCCUACAAGAAUGGGAUGACAGACGGCGAGGCCCCAGGGAGCCAGACCCCAGUCCCAGGAGAACACAUCCUGACCCUGAGCCUCCUGCAAGGCAAGGCAGGAGAGGCUACCAGCCCCCACAGGAAGAUGACAGCAGGCAGGCUGGGGCUACUCUCUUAGUGGGCCAUGAAAAUUCUGAAAGUGCAAAGAGAAGGAAGCAGGAGGAAUACCGCAAAGAAUUGGAAUUACAAAUGAAGGGAGACAAGGAAGCUAAGCAGAGGGAAAAGGAAAGGGAAAAGGCCAAUGACAUGAGAAUCAAUGUCUCAGGGGCACAAGAUCCAGAGAAGAGACCUGAUAGGCUGAGAGAAUUACCCCCAGCAGAGCAGAGGGGUCCCCCAAGACAGUAUCAGAGUGUGCCAGUGCAGCCAUAUCACCCUGUGACUGAAGACUUAAGUCCCAGAUCCCAAGCAUUCCAGAAGUACCAGGCCCAGCUGUUCAGUGAGCCCUCUUCCAGACCAGCUCCCAGUAUAUUAGACAGAGGCUGGGGAGGGGACCUGUAUGGUAGACCACUAGAACCUGGCCUUGGGCUGCUCAGCCGACAGCCAGGGUAA